UGAACGUCGGUUCCGAUCAACUGUAUCGAGGAUACAGUUUGGAAUUACAAAUUUCAGACUUUUGGAUUCCUAGACCGUCUUUGGAGUGACACCUGAUAUGUAUUGAGAAAGUUAUUCACAGAUGAAGUCUACGGAAGUGGAUCCGGGGUUAUUCACUGACAGCUACUGCAAAGUGUGCAGCGCUCAGCUUAUCUCUGAGUCACAGAGAGUCGCCCACUAUGAGAGUCGAAAGCAUGCAAACAAAGUUCGCCUGUAUUACAUGUUACACCCAGUGGAUGGUGGCUGCCCUGCAAAGAAACUUCGGACAGACAAUGGCAGUGCGGAGGGAGACGUGGACAAGAACAAAUGCUGCACGCUGUGCAAUAUGUCGUUCACUUCAGCGGUGGUGGCCCAGUCACACUACCAGGGCAAGAUCCAUGCCAAGAGACUGAGGCUACUGCUGGGGGAACCACCUGCCAUCACAUCUAAAGAGGUGACAGUCAGUUCAGAGCAUAUGGUGACUGAAGAUUCCCCGGGAAGUCCUUCCGUACAUGGCAGGCUCUCACACCGUUACUGCCAGAUGUGCAAGGCCUGGUUCAACAACCCCGGCAUGGCUAGACAGCACUAUGAAGGCAAGAAGCACAAAAAAAAUGCAGCCCAAGCUAACCUCCUUGCACAGCUGGGUAAAAGUCUGGAGGAUGGAGAUGAACUGAACGGCCCGAAGCGGAGUCACACAUGUGAGGUUUGCAGUGUUACGCCUAACUCCGUGGCACAAUAUCACGCACAUCUGCAGGGCUCCAAACACCAGAACAACAUGAAGAACAAAUGAAGUUUGAUGGAGCAUCUCUACUCCUGAAACUGAGGAUCUUUCUGUGGAAGUCAAGGCAGCUUCUGCCCCUCCGUCUCAGACAAAUGACAGCGAGAUCUGCUCAUAUUCUCUUGAUCCAUUGUGUUUAUGACAGUGGUAUGGACACUACCAGUGCAGAUAGAGACAUGUUGAUAAUGAUUACUAUAAACCACAGUGCAUUUUGCUAAAUUACAAAAAAACCUUAAAAAACAUUCACAUCCUGCACACUUUAAUGUAUAUAUUUAAGGCAUGUAAAAUGGGCACAAUUUUUGCUUUAUUUAAAUGUGUUGUGUUAAAUAAAUUAUUUUGAUUGUAAUAUUGUGUUUAUAUUUUAAUUUAAAUGUACAUGUAAGAAAUAUACAUUUUGUAUUAAAGUGAAAAUGUCAAUCAAAUAUCAUCUGAAGAUGUAUGAAAUUUCCUUGUUUUAUAAAGUCUGAGGGAAUUGUUCUCUAAUGAUAUUAAAACGAGACAUUUUGAAGCUGAAUUUAAUCAGCAGAUUCACAAAAGUAAUGGACCGAAGUACAGGAAUAGUUUUAAGUCAUCUUCCUUUGAAAUCUUCAUUAUUUCAACAAGACUUUACAGUGAUUUGUGUUGCUCUAAAUGUUCAGCAAAAGCUUUUUAUUCUCAAAAUGGAUAGAAAAUAAACCAUUUAUCUCUUGCAGUGAAGAAAGAAACCCAAGAGAUCUCUAUAGGCAUUAUUGAGAUGAAAAGGGUGAUAUUAUGUGCUAUAUUUUACUGAGAUGGGGUCAUUUUAGUGCUUUUUACAAAGGACUGAUUUCCAUUUGUGCACUGUUCCAAUUAAAAGAGACACAAUCUAAUUAUUCUCUAAAUGACAACACCUUGAAAUAGCAUUAUUUAUUAAAAUAUUGCAUCCUAGAAAAUAAAACAACUCUGACACAAAUAAGAUGAGUGGUUCUGUUUUUUUUAAUGUUAUACAUGAAGCUUGAAUUUAAACACUAUCAAGUUGAAUGCUCGACUUCAAGUGUUGUGAUGCUAAUUCACACUUAUUUAGGAAGUGCCACUGUCGUUUUUGUACUGGAAUGACAGGCAAACAACAGAAGCCAUGAUACUCCUAUAAAUCACAGCUCAGUGUUUCCCAAAGGCCUUUUUUCUUACAAUGUUUUUCAUUCUGCAAAUGAUGUAUGUGUGGUAAGAAACCCCAUAGGGCUUUAAAGAUAAAAGGACCCGACGUAAGACAAUCUUUAAAAAUGAAAUGGAUUGCAAGUGAUUCCCAACAGACAGUGGCUGGAUCUCUGAAGGGCCCGGAGGGGUUUCCUUUGUACAGAUCCGAUGACUGUUCCCUGAUUUACUACUGAUGACGCUCAAAAAGCAUCUCAAAAUCUCCAUUUUAGUAGGUUUUAUCAUGCUUUGAGGAAAUCAGCUACUUAAAUAUUAAAACAUGGAACUAAAGUGUCAUGAUAUCAAAAUGCAGCUUUGGUUAACAAAAAUGAGCCAGUUUAAACAUUGUGGUUUAAUGAAGUUGUUUUGUUGCAAACAUAUACAACGCAACUGUUCCAUUUCUGUGGGCUCAGCUCAUUAUGCAUCUCUGCACUACCAUGAUUGAUUAUUCAAAUAUAUGCAAAUAGCACAGCAAGGGCCUCUGAUAAUGUAUUCAUAACUUUUACCUUUUAAAUAAUGGCAUAUAUAGUGGGUUUGGAAGAGAAAAAUGUCAUGUGACAGAAGCCAAAAUUGUUCUGUCAUAUAUGAAUUAGCAAUUGAAUUGUGUAAUUUUGCUGUGGA